UCUCUCUCACCCUCAGCCCACCGUUGGACAAAUAAUGGGAGGAUAAUUCAUUCAACCAAACCUCAACAACCUCUCUCUUCUACCAAUAAUCCCUCCCAAUUCCUUCAUCUAUUUAUCGCCACUCUUUCGGUUCCCUUUCUUUCCAUCUCUUCUUCUUCUUUUCUACCUAAUCGUCCCUCUUAUUGUCCCUCUAUUCUCUUAUCCCGCCCCAUCCGCGCGGCGUUAUCGUCGCUGCCUGCCGGUGAUGCGUGGCCUCCUGGCAACCGCGCUCUUGGCGCCAGCGUUGGCAUCUGCCCUCGUUGUUCCCAAUACCUGGGAUGGUGUUCAUGUUGCCUCUGCAACUCAUACCGAAAUCUCCCAUGUCGUUCACCUAUCUAUCCCAAUCGUAACUACCACACCGGACGACCCAGUAUCAAACUCUGUACUGGGUUUUAGAAUUGACCUCUCUCGGUCGGGUCCUGAGUGUGGAUCGGGAGAUCUCGUCGUCAAUGGAAUCCCCGUGUCUUACGGCACGAUCGGUGCACUUGAAUUCGCAGAAUACCUUGGGUUAAAUAACAUACUGAUGCAAUGGUCUCUCACCUGUGGCCCGUUGACGCGCACCCUUGAAUUCGCAGUGAAGAAUGUCAACGGCGAGCCUGUCAACGAUCUCGGCCUGACGGUUCUUUAUUCUCAUGACGAUACAUCGCUCGAGAUCCUAGACAUCAAAAAGUAUAGCAAAAACCCGAAGCCCAUCUACCUGGCUGUUUCCUCGUCUCAGGCGUCCCAUACAUUCAAGGGCCAGAAGCCCGAGGAAGACUCAGAGACUGGAGCUGCUCACCCUGUACCUCAUGGGGAACAGGCUCCAAUCAGUGAGAAGCCCGUCGCUGAUGAUGUGGAUGCGGUCCAAGGCAUCGCACUCUGCGACUCGGUGAAGUGCGUCUUUAUGAUCGCCGUCCACAACACCAAGGAAACCGCGAAGCACCUCACGUCCAAGGUGAAGUCCAUCUUUUGUGACAAAAAGCCCGGCAAGCUCCAUCCAGGAAAGUACAACCAACCCGACCGCCAUGGAGGCAAGCACCACGAGGAGCACAGUGAUGAUGAUAGGCACCCUAUGAGACCUGGGCACGAAGAGAGACCCUCUGACGACCGCCACGGAGGAAAGCACCACGAUGAUGACAGGCACCGUAUGAGACCUGGACACGAGGAGGGACCCCCUGACGACCGCCAUCAUCAUGACGAAGACAGACCACAUCACCGUCCUCAUCACCGACCUCACCACGGCCACCACGGUCACAGAGGCAAGUGGCACCACGCCCGUAAGGCAGUCCACCCUACUCUCAUCGUCUUCACCGUCCUCUUCUUCGCCAUCCUAAUGUUCCACAUCCGCCGCCGCAUCCACCGCGCCAGACGCGCAGCUGCCCGCGAGGCUUCCGGCUGUGGCCGCGACGAGUCCCCAAGGAGACGCCGUCGCUGCGGUGGCUGGCGUCGUCGCAGAUGCAGAGGGAAGCGCGAGUACAGCGAGAAGGACGAGAUGCUACCCAGCACUGAGCCACAUCCUGCGUACUCUUCGCCUAGCCACAUUGCCACAGAGAUCGCGGAUCUGAGGCAUGCAGCAGAGGCUGUUGAAGAUAUAGUCUCGCAGUCCUCUGAGGGAUCUAGGUACGCCAGACGCGGAAGCGCGGAUACGAUGGAGACUCUUCCGGAGUAUACCGCAGAGGAGACGGACUCGAAGAUGGGUUCGGAGACUCUGCCGGGGUACGCGGAUAGUGAGGAGUCUGUUAGUGUUGCCGAUGGGUAUCAGCCUGGGACGGGAGAGGUGUGGAGGGCGAGAGUCGAUGGAGUCAAUGUUAAAGCUUGAGAACUAUAGUGGAGGAAAAGCAUAAUUCGACCGUGGGGUUCAUUUUGGUUGUGGCUGGGCUGGGACCAUUCUUCUUUUCAUUUUAUCUAGGGUUGUGUUUUAUCGGAAUGGGGUGCGGUUGUGAUUUGCAACACGCGUAAUAUCACUGUCAUGUAGGAUUCUGGAAAUAACAAACACUGAUCUCAAUACUAAGAUGCAUGAUGAAUUUCCUGCCGUGUCUAGUGGGGUUGUUUAUUUGAGGGGCUACUUUGGGUUGUGCUGAAAGGACACGGUGAUAUAUUAAUUGCCCCAACGUCACAUCGUCGAAAUGCAAUGGAGAUGCACUGCAACGUCGGAGGGGAAAAUAGUCAUUCCUAAUUCAACGGCAUUGUUUUUGAAUAAUCGGGAUAUAAUCAGGAAAUAAAAGUAUCUCACAG